AUGGCCGCCAUCGUCGAGAACGUCAUGGGCUGGCGCCCCGGCGGUGUAAAUUCCGUGGCAAGUGCCACCUCCCUCACCCCCGCCGUUGACUACGACGGCGAGGACCGCAUCAGCGCCCUCCCCGACGACCUCCUCCGCAGCAUCGUCUCACGCCUCCCCGUCAAGGACGCCGCCCGCACCGCCUCCCUCGCCUCCCGCUGGCGCCACCUCUGGCGCUCCACCCCGCUCUCCCUCAACGACGCCGACCUGCCCCGAUCCGUCGUUGCCCGCGUCCUUGCCGACCACCCGGGGCCCUUCCGCGCCAUCCACAUCACCCGCUGCCGGUUCGCGUCCCACGAGCCUGAGAUCGCAGAGUGGCCGCGCCUCUUCGCUGCCAAUGGCAUCCAGGACCUUGUCCUCGUCAACGACGCCGACCUCGCCAGGUUCCCCCCCGACGCCGUGCGCCUCCCCGGGGACAUCCUCCGCUGCGCCUCGCUCCAGCGCCUCUUCCUGGGUUUCUUCACGUUCCCCGACACCGCUGGUCUCUCCCGCCGAGCCGACGUCCUGCCCCGCCUCCAGGAACUCAGCAUGUUCACGACCAGCAUCAGCGACGGGGACCUCGACUACAUGCUCGCUUGCAGCCCGGUUCUGGAGAAGCUCGCGUUCGUACUCACCUGUGCACCCGAUUUCAUCCACCUACAGAGCAGAAGCCUCCGGUGCGUGCUCCUCUGGAUUUUCAUGGCAGACGAGGUUGCUGUGGUGGAUGCCCCGCUCCUGGAGCGGCUCUUCUUGCUGGAAGCGCCCCGUGCAGGAGGUGCUGAGAGUACUAUGAUGAUCAAGAUUGCUCAUGCGCCCAACCUGCAGGUGCUCGGCUUCUUGGAGCCAGGAUUUCACCGGCUGCAGAUCGGCGACAAUGUCAUUGAGCCUGGCACAGAGCCGAGCCCAAGCACAGUGCUUCCAAGCGUCAAGAUAUUGGCAUUUAAAGUUAAUUUUGGUGUCAUAGAGGAUGUCAAGAUGCUGGUGACCUACCUCAGAUGCUUUCCCAACGUUGAGACGCUGCACAUCGAGUCUUUAACUGAACCCACUGGAAGGAACAAUGCCAAGUUCUGGCAGGAGCUCCCUACUAUUGAAUGCAUCAAGUCUCACAUCAAGAAGAUGGUUAUCCAUGAAUACAGAGGGAACAAAGUUGAACUUGAAUUCCUUAAGUUCAUUUCCACGAGAGCGCAGGAGCUCCAAGCUUUGUAUGUUCUGCUAAACAGAGAGAGUCUUACUUCGGUGGCCAAGGCGGAUAAGAUGACAAGCAAACUGGUGGCUCUCUCGGGUGUACCAUGGUGCUGUGAUUGUAAGAUGAUGGUGCUAGGCCCUAAAUUUCAGAAUGAAUGGAGCAUCCAGAAAGCAUCUGAUCUUACUGUCGACGACCCUUUCCAUUGGUGA